GAUCUGGCCACCCGAGCACGGCCAAAAAGGCGCUCGCCCAGCGCUUCACCAGAUAGAGCAACACAGCUCAGCUCAGCUCAGCCUCGGACCAGCAGCCGGCGUGCGGAGCUGCGGUGCGGCGUCGUGCGUGCGCCAGAACAGGAUGCUGCCCGCCGGGUGCGGCCUCCUCUCGUGCCUCCGCCUCGACAAGCAGGGCGACGCGGGCCGAACCGACCCCCGCGUCGCGGACGAGCCCGCCGCGUCGCUCGGCAAGGGCAGCGGGUCGUCGGCCAGGCGGUUCGCGUGGGCCGAGAUCGAGUCCGUCACGGCGGGCUUCUCCUCCCGCGUCAUCGGCCAGGGCGGCUUCAGCACCGUCUACCUGGCCUGCCUCUCCUCCUCCCGCCUCGGCGCCGUCAAGGUGCAGCGCAGCAGCGAGCGCCUCCACCGCGCCUUCCGCCAGGAGCUCCACGUGCUCCUCUCGCUCCGCCACCCGCACAUCGUCCGCCUGCUCGGCUACUGCGACGAACGAGAGGAAGGCGUGUUGGUCUUUGAGUACGCACCGAACGGCGACCUCCACGAGAGGCUCCACGGCAGCGGCAAGGCGCCGCUCCCGUGGGCGCGCCGCAUGGCGGUGGCGUUCCAGGUGGCCAUGGCGCUGGAGCACCUCCACGAGAGCCGCGACCCGGCGGUGAUCCACGGCGACGUGAAGGCCUCCAACGUGCUGCUGGACGCCAGCCUCGACGCCAAGCUCUGCGACCUGGGCUUCGCGCACGUGGGCUUCUCGGCCGCGCUCCAGCCGCCGGAGGCCAGCGGGGCCAGGGCCAGGGCGUCGUCGGCGCCGCGCGCCGUCGUCAUGGGCUCCCCGGGCUACGUGGACCCGCACUUCCUCCGCUCCGGCGUCGCCACCAAGAAGGGCGACGUGUACAGCUUCGGCGUGCUGCUGCUCGAGCUCCUCACGGGGAGGGAGGCCAUAUGCGCCGACACGGGGCGCCGGCUCGCCGCCGCGGUGGGUCCUACGCUCGGCGAAGGAAGAGUAGCGGAGGCAGUGGACCGGAGGCUCGGAGACGAGUACGACACGCACGAGGCGGCCACCGUGGCGGCGCUUGCGCUGCGGUGCAUCGGCGACGGCCCCGGGACGCGGCCCUCCAUGGUGGAGGUGGUUCGCGAGCUCCAGGAGAAGACGACCGCGCUGAUCUCGGCCGCUGGAUGCAAACCUGCCGGCAAGAUGGGUUCCUGAGCUGUAUUGUCGGCCGAAGAAGACCGUAAAUACCAUUAGCUUUGUUUAGAGAGAGUAGAAGGUGAAGGUAAUGUUUUUUUAUUUAUUUUACUUAUAUAAGUUUCUUGAUGUAGUGGAUUAGUAGUAGUUGAAUCGGAUUACAUAGAAAAAUUUCCGUGA